AUGGGAGGCAGAAUAAUCGGAUUUCUUUCAGGUGUCCUCUUUUCGUCGUCUUUGGCAUACCUCACAGCUCUGGAGUUCAAGCGAAACUCGGCAGCAGUCUCUGUGGUUCUCCAUGACUCCAAGGACAUUCUCGACAACCGAGGCAAGAAGGUUCUUCCACCCCCGCGAAAGCUCGAGUACGACACCCGAGACGACGUAGCUGAGACCUUCAAGGAUCUGUGGAACGAGGAGAUUAUCAAGGGGGUUAACAAGGUGUAUGAUGUUGUGUUCAACUCCAACAUUCAGAAGUAA